AUGCAGGCUUUGCUUCACCGACUACUUAUAAAAACAUCAAACGAUUUGAAUCAAGCACAACAAGAAUUAAAAUGGUUAACGAUUUAUGUAUUACAGCAAACUAAAAAUCCUAUUUUGAAUAAAUUAAACACUUCAAUAAUUUCUAUCAAUGAAAUUAUUAAAAAUUUAAAUGAUAAAGAAAAAUUACUUUUAAGUAAAUAUGUGAAUGAAAGGGUUGAUAAAUCCAAACCAUUACAGUAUAUACUAGGAACUCAACCAUUUUGUGAUUUGGAAAUAAUCACAAAACCGCCUGUAUUAAUUCCAAGAUGGGAAACUGAAGAAUGGACCAGUCGAUUGAUAGCUCUCUUGAAACCUCAUUUUUCAACAUCCACCACUAAAUCUCCUUUUAAAAUUAUUGAUAUUUGUACAGGAUCAGGUUGCAUAGCAUUGGCACUUUCAAAUGCACUUCCACAUAACUCAUGUUAUAUUAAUGGUGUGGAUAUUUCUAAUGAUGCACUUUCCCUUGCUAAUUUAAAUCUUUCAACAAUAAGUUCUUGUAAAAAAUUAAAUAAUCAUGUUGAAUUUUUUCAUCUUGAUAUCAUGAAGUCUACUGACGAACAAAUUCAUGAAUUUAUACGUAAGAACAAUGGAUAUGAUUUAGUUGUUUCUAAUCCACCUUAUAUUUCUCAUGAUGAAUAUUUAACAUUAGAUGAAGAUGUUAGAUUAUGGGAAGAUAAAUCGGCAUUAUUAGCUGAUGAGAAUGGUACAAUAUUUCAUAGUAGAAUCGCAUAUUUAACAACUAAAUAUUUGUUAAGAAAAAAUAGUCCUUUUAUUAAUGUUUGGAAAAAUAAGGUACCACAAUUGGUUAUUGAAAUUGGAGGUAGUCAUCAAAUAUUCAAGGUUGUCGAGCAAUUAAAAAGAAAUAAUUUUAAAUUUAUAGAUAUCUGGAAAGAUAGUGCUGGAAAAGAUCGUUGUAUUAUUGCCAGUCUAUAA